AUGGGACGACCAAUAGCUUCAGUGUUUUGCGAAACCAUUUUCUGUAACCUCUUGAGCCUCCCAUGCCUCCUUGCGCUUCUCGUGCAUUUGGGGUGGGCGGCCGUGCGAGGAGUCGCAGGCAUCCCUGGACCACUUCGCGCGAGGCUCGUUCAGCCGUUUUCGCGAUCUCUAAUUGACGUCAGGACGAUGAUGAAUACUAGCUGGCUGCGUCACAGCGUGGCGGUGAAAGCUGAAUUGGACUUCCAGACCAGCCGGUGGACUUGGCCAGUAUUGUUCUUUAUAUGCAUGAGAUAA